AUGGGAUAUGAGUGGAAUGGGGACCCUACCAUCCUCAUCGUAGUCAUUGCCUGCUCGGUAUGCUUCGGAUGGGUGCCCAUCAUCACCGUCGUCAGCGUCGUCCGCCACUGCCGUGCCCGUCUAAGGGCAAAACGAGGCUCGAAUGGUACCAAUUCUGAUGCCGAAAAUCAGGGAGGCAGACCCAGCACCGCUCCUGAUGCGCCCAAGCCGCUCCAGACAUAUCACCCCAGCUCAACCAAGGGUCUCGAGAGGAGCGCGUCAAGUCGGACACGCAGCUCCGCUGAUGGCUACGACCUCAAACGUGUCGACACCAAUUCUUCCUGGAAUCCCAUCCGUCACUCCUUUCACUACGACAACGAAUCGCUUUGGGGAGGAGACGGGCUGUCCAGGAGCAACAGUCGUCAUCGGCCCCCGUACUUUCCCACCCACGUACACAACACCACACCUUCACUUAGCCGCCCAGCCUCCAUCCGCUCUGUCGCAUCGAGCCAUCGGCAACAGAGCCGGAGCCGCCGAAGCUCAAUGGCCAGCAACUCUGACAACGCACCGGCAGCCUUCCAGAUCAAUGACACCUACUACGACACUACACCGCUACCAAAUGUGACGAGGACUGUAAACUCUGUCGUCGUCAGCAGUAGUACGCCCACCUCGUCAAAGGGGCCAGGACAAGCUCCACAGCAACGUCAACAGAAGCAGCCAAAGCAAGACAAUCCACACCCACCGCAGCGCAACCGCCGCAGAAGGCACUCUCUUGACGCCCGCCGGGAUUCGGAUUCUCUAACCCGGGAAAUCUCCAGACCCAACACCUCCAUGACAAGACGAGAAGUCGAAGAAUACGAAGACCUCGACAACCAGAAGCAAAAGGCCACCCACCGUAGCCACCGACCACCCCGGCUAGGAUCAGCAUCACGGCGUGGCAGCCACCCAGCACCCGGCGGCAGCGAAGAGACUGACGAUAACCUGUCCACGGCCGAGGCCUUGCAGCCUGCCAAGUUGCCCCCGAGGCGAGCAUCGCUCCAUGCACAAACAUUUGAGCGUCCGGCAUGGCUGGACGAGGAGCCCCACGCCAUGUGA